GUCUAAGCUUGGGUUCCCCGUGGUUAUGACGUCAUUAGUUCCCACUCUCUCUCCAUCCAGUUUCUUUCAAGUUUUCCAAGAUGGAGGAAGAGAAGAGAUCGUCUGUUGGAAAGCUUUUAAAUGGAAUAGACAGAUAUAACCCUGAAAACCUAAGUGCUUUGGAAGAUUAUGUACAUCAACAGGUACAUGACAACUUUUAUGAUUUGGAUGCAAAUUUGGCAGUCUUAAAGCUGUAUCAAUUCAAUCCUGCCUACUCUCAAACCACGAUCACGUCACAAAUCCUACUCAAGGCUCUGAUGAAUCUUCCUAAUUCAGACUUUAUCAUGUGUCGCUGCGUAAUAGAUGACAGCAUUCAACAAGAUCCAACAAUUCAGAAAGUCAUUACUUUAGCUGACCUAUUAGAAACCUGUUCCUUUGCAGAAGCUUGGAGAUUUGUGGAUAUGGAAGCUGCUUUAACGGAGGGCAUCACAGGAUUUCAUGAAGCUAUUAGACUAUAUGUGAGUUAUGUCAUUGGAAUUACUUACCAAAAUAUUGAUGCUGACCUUGCUUCAGAGCUGCUUGGAGGUGUUCAAGGUAACGAUCUUCAAGAGUGGAGCAAGAAAAUGGGCUGGAAAUUCAACGUUGAUGGUUCAAUUUUCAUAGCCAACCAAGAGGCACAUAUUAAAUCUCGUAACAUUGCCGAGAAGAUUGAUUUUGACAGUGUUGCAAGUAUAAUUGCCUCGGCCAGAUAAAAGUUCCUUUUGCUAUUUAUCCGUGACUCUCUUCCCUUGGUGUAUAAGCAACAAAACAAGUUUGAAUAAUUAUACAUGUGAUGUUUAUAUAUAUAGUAACUGUUACUUUGGUUCAAAUAUCAAAAUAAAAGCUAAGGUUCUGCCUUUUCCCAUUCCUUUCCCAUCCUUUUAAUUUCCCAACCCUAAGUACUACAAAACUGAAAAUGUACUUGUGAAAUAUUAAAAGAUACUAUGAAGAAAA